AUGCUGCCGUUAGUCGUGGUCCUGCUCCCUCUCUCCUCGCCUCCUUCCUCUCUGCCGGUCGUGGUCCUGCUCCCUCUCUCCUCGCCUCCUCUCUCUCUGCCGCUCGUGGUCCUGCUCCCUCUCUCCUCGCCUCAUCGCUCUCUGCCGGUCGUGGUCUGUCGGGAGCGAGACGGUGAGAAUCUGAGGCGUGAUAACAGCGGUGGGAGAGCGGCCCUGACACCACCUCUCACCCGCCACAGCCAGGACUGA